AUGGGCAGCGACAGUGGGCAGGCUGGCAGCCACACCUAUCAAUCCCUAACUGAGGAUGGCCUCUUGGGAUCUGCGAAGCUACCAAAAAGACCCACAGGCAGACUCAUCAUGCACAGUAUGGUCAUGUUCGGCCGAGAGUUUUGCUACGCAGUGGAGGCAGCUUAUGUGACCCCGGUCCUGCUCAGCGUGGGCCUGCCCAAGAGUCUGUACAGCACGGUGUGGCUCCUCAGCCCCAUCCUGGGAUUCCUCCUGCAACCUGUGGUGGGAUCAGCAAGUGACCACUGCCGGUCUCGUUGGGGCCGCCGGAGACCCUACAUCCUCACCUUGGUCAUUAUGAUGCUCGUGGGCAUGGCGCUGUACCUAAAUGGAGAUGCGGUAGUAUCAGCUUUGAUUGCUAAUCCAAGGAGGAAGCUGGUUUGGGCCAUAAGCGUCACCAUGAUAGGUGUGGUUCUCUUUGAUUUUGCUGCUGACUUCAUUGAUGGGCCCAUCAAAGCGUACUUAUUUGAUGUCUGCUCCCAUCAGGACAAGGAGAAGGGCCUCCACUACCAUGCCCUCUUUACAGGUUUUGGAGGUGCCCUGGGCUACCUUUUGGGUGCCAUAGACUGGGGUCAUAUGGAACUGGGAAGAGUCCUGGGCUCAGAAUUCCAGGUCAUGUUCUUCUUCUCUGCGUUGGUGCUCAUUUUGUGUUCCAUUAUUCAUCUGUGUAGUAUCCCUGAAGCCCCACUUAGAGAUGUCACAACAGACAUUAUUCCCCCAGAACCAGCCUCUCAGGACCCUCCAUUGUCAUCAGAUGGAAUGUACGACUAUGGUUCUAUCGAGAAAGUUAAAAAAGAUUAUGUCAACCCAGAGCUGGCAAUACAGGGCAAAAAGAACAAAAAUCCUGAUGAACAGACUCGGAGGGCAAUGACCAUGAAGUCACUCCUGAGGGCACUGGCGAGCAUGCCACCCCACUACCGUUUCCUCUGCAUCAGCCACCUCAUUGGAUGGACUGCCUUCCUGUCCAACAUGCUCUUCUUCACAGAUUUCAUGGGCCAGAUUGUGUAUGGCGGGGAUCCCUACAGCACGCACAACUCCACAGAGUUUCUCAUCUACCAAAGAGGGGUCGAGGUUGGCUGCUGGGGCUUGUGCAUUAACUCCGUGUUUUCUUCACUGUAUUCUUACUUUCAGAAAGUGUUGGUAUCCUACAUUGGAUUAAAGGGUCUUUAUUUCAUGGGCUAUUUGCUCUUUGGCCUGGGGACAGGCUUCAUAGGACUCUUUCCCAAUGUCUAUUCUACGCUGGUCCUCUGUGCCUUGUUUGGGGUAAUGUCCAGCACCCUGUACACGGUACCGUUUAACCUCAUCGCUGAGUACCACCGAGAGGAGGAGAAGGAGAUGCAGGCCCCUGGAGCAGGCCCAGACAGCAAUGGGCGGGGGAAGGGCGUGGACUGUGCGGCCCUCACCUGUAUGGUGCAGCUGGCUCAGAUCCUGGUCGGAGGUGGCCUUGGAUUUCUGGUCAACACUGCUGGGAGUGUCAUCGUCGUGGUGAUUACGGCCUCUGCAGUAGCACUGAUUGGCUGUUGCUUUGUGGCUCUCUUUGUUAGAUAUGUGGAUUAA